AUGAAGAAGAAUGUUACGGCUCUUUCUACUUCGAAGCUUGCCAACCAAGGUGUCCCAAAGAAGAUGAAGAUAAGCCACGAUACCUCGCCCGUCGAGGAGUCUUACCCAAUGGACAAGCUUCUGGCUAAGCUCUCGGAGCAGCAAGCUGUCUUGUGCCAGCAGAAUGAAGCCCUCAAAGCCAGCGAGGAUGGCGGUGCGUAUCCGAGAGGCCUGGAUCAUGCCUCUUCCAGCAACUCUCUCCCCAUCACUCCUGCUACCGAUGCUUUCCCAAGCACUGCUCCUACCACUCGCCCAGCAAGCGCCGCUCUUGAAGAUGCCCGUGGCGACACCGAGGAGAUCAUGCGUCUGAAGCUGCAGCUUGCGCAGGCCAAGAGUGAAAUCUCCAAGCUUGACCAGGAGCUGGCCGAGACCCGUUCGCUGAAGCAAGAACCCGAUAUCUCAGCUUUCGGUCUUCGAGGCCCGCCUACCUACGCUCCUCGUGAGGGUGCCUGGGGAACCCCAGAGGACGCGCAUUCUGAUACUAGUGAUGCCAUGUCCACCACUACCUUCAGCCGCACUCGAGGAAUCUGGGGCCAUCCAAAGGGCUCUUUUGCCAACAACACUCUCCAGGCUCCAGUUUCCGAGCCUUCCCCGGGAAACUGGCUCGGAGGUCGUGGUUUCAAUGCCCCUUACCCAGAUCCGACUGGCAACCCUUACCCCGGUGUGGAGGCUCAUCGAGGUGACCGCCUGACCCCGGACUCCGAGAUGAUGCGUUCCAACAACGGCCGUCGCAAUAACCGUUUCGAAGGCCGAUUCAACUCGCCUCAGCCAUUUGGACCUGGCUACGGAGGGGGUUACAGCAGCCCCGCCAGCCAUACUGAUUACACGGGUAGCCCAGUGCCCGGAGCGCCCAUGAAUGUCCCCCAGGGACUUGGCCCCAUGGGGAUUUUUCCACCUUACCCAGGCCAGCCGGUUGGUACUCCCUUAUCCCCACAUGCAUCAGAGUUCACUUCUAAGGGUGGUUGGAAGAAUGAGGUCGGUAAAUCCUCCAAACCCACGCCAUGGGCACUAACCUGGGUACAGGUUGUGUCUCCCGAGGACCAAACAUAUCUCCCGCCUACAGAGCCACUCAACUACCGUCGUCUGCUAGACCGAAACGUUAACUGCAACUGGAAGUAUAUCGUCGACAAGAUCGUUUGCAACAAUGAUCAGCAGGCUUCCAUCUUCUUGCAACAGAAGCUCAAGGUCGGUACCCCUGAGCAGAAGUUCGAGAUUGUCGAGGCUAUCGUGGCUCAAGCCUAUCCUCUCAUGGUCAACCGCUUUGGCAACUUUCUUGUGCAGCGUUGCUUUGAGCACGGAACGCCUGAACAGGUCGUCAACAUUGCCGAGUCGAUUCGAGGCAACACCCUGAACCUCUCGAUGGAUCCUUUCGGGUGUCAUGUUGUUCAAAAGGCUUUCGAUUCUGUUCCUGAAAACUUCAAGGCUAUCAUGGUUCACGAGCUUUUGCGCCGGAUCCCGGAGACGGUCAUCCACCGCUACGCUUGUCAUGUCUGGCAGAAGCUUUUUGAGCUUCGGUGGACUGAGUCCCCCCCUCAGAUCAUGAAGUAUGUCAAUGAGUCUCUUAUGGGCAUGUGGCAUGAGGUAGCUCUGGGUGAAACCGGCAGCCUCGUCGUCCAGAACAUCUUUGAAAAUUGCCUCGAAGAGGACAAGCGCCCCUGUAUCGAGGAGGUCCUCGCCAACAUUGACAUUGUUGCCCAUGGCCAGUUCGGAAACUGGUGCAUCCAGCACAUCUGCGAGCACGGCGCUCCUCCCGACCGUAGCCGGGCAAUCGACCAUGUCAUUCGCUACGCUGCCGAGUACAGCACCGACCAGUUCGCCUCGAAGGUGGUUGAGAAGUGCCUCAAGAUUGGUGGUGCUGAGUUCCUUGGCCGCUACCUUGACCGAGUUUGCGAAGGACGUCGCGAUCGCACCCGCAUCCCCUUGAUUGACAUCGCGAGCGAUCAGUAUGGAAACUACCUCAUCCAGUGGAUCCUGAACAAUUCCUCUCCUCAGCAUCGCGAAAUCGUUGCUGCUCACAUCCGGAAGCACAUGGUCUCCCUUCGCGGAUCCAAGUUUGGUUCCCGAGUCGGAAUGCUCUGCACCAACCAUGCGGUUACCACCCGUCCCGGUCCUGGUGCCGGCCCAGGAAUGACUGGACGCAUGGGAGCUGGGCCACGCUACAGCGGUGGCUAUCGUUGA